AUGCCAAUUUUCAAUAUAGUCGUAAGACCAGUGACUGGAUACAUUACCGACCGUUGGCGUUGUCGCAAACAAGUAUUUAUGUAUGCUUCACUGUUGAAUGCGUUUGUCACUCUGCUCAUACACUUCACUCCCGAUUUCAACGACAUAGGACUCGCYGAAUACUUGGACAUCAUGACGCAUUGGAAAUUUUGGAUUUUUUUGGUCGUCAUAACAGUCAGGAUGUUGCUUUGGAUGGUAGGAGACGUUCUCCAAGAUACGAUCUGUUUCGAAAUCUUGGGUGACGACAAAAAGAGUUAUGGAAGACAACGGGUUUGGGGAGCUGUUGGUUGGGGAAUAUCUUCACUGUUGGUCGGCGGAUGCGUGGAUUGGUACAGCGUGAAUAGAGAGCACAAAAACUACUUUCCAGCGUAUUUAAUAGCUAUGRCUUUCCUGCUCUGUCAUUUUAUUGUUGCAUCUCAGCUAGACAUCGAGAAAAUUGUUUUCCUAUUCUACCGUAUAAGAACUUCGCCAAUGACACCGUACCUGACYACCAUUGCCAAACAACGGGGCUACUCUCCACGGCUGGUGGGCGCCKUUUUCUCAGUGCUGCCUCUCGCCGCAGUAUUCGCCCAUCCCGUUUUCGACAUCAUGGCCUAUCAUUUCCGAUGCCAAAAGACCAUGUUCAUGAGCUUUGUCAUCGUGCUCCUUCAAAUAACUACUUCCUACGAGCUCAUACCUGACCCACCAGCGGAUGUCGACAACAGGCGGGACGAGAUCGCGCUUGCCACACACCAGUUCUGGUUAUUUUGCGCCUUCUUGGCGGUCAGAUAUAUCAUCAUAUAUCACGAUCAACGUCAUCACCACUUUAUUGGAAACCAUGUGCUUGCAAGCCUUGGGUAG